AUGUCUCAACCGUUAAAUGAGGUGGAAUCUCCAUGGGGUAUCGUCCGGUGUGAUAUUUGUUCAGAUGGCGCAGCUCUCACGAUUGCCUUCUCUAGCGAAACCUUCACCUUCCACGCGCAAUGGCUACAUGACGCCAAAUGCGACACUGGUACUUCAAGGACUGCUGCAACCGCUUACUGCUCCAAGCUUACGGAUGCACGCAUCAUCAAAGCCUCAAUUCGAUCCACGGCGGUAGAUCUCGACCUCGUUUGGCAAGACGGUACAAGGUCGUGCCUUCCCGCCCUUUGGCUUCGUGCAUAUGGGCCUCUCGUUGGACAACAACCUUCUACUACGGUCCCACUACAGGGUACUGCGCCAAAAGGCUGGUUGGCGAACACGCUCGAGAUCCCCCACGUGGAUUACCAGGACAUAUUUGCCGCGACCGAAGACCAGUGCAGCAUCGUAGCCGAGAGCGUUUUAGACCUCCUCUUGAUGAACCCCAGCACGGGAAUCAUCAAAAUAGUCAACCUUCCCCCUCCUGACCUCGAAGGCGAGCAUUCCAAAUCCAAUACGCUCGUAACCCAAGUGCUCAAAAAGCUCUUCGGCAGCGUAUUCCAACACCCCCGGCGCACAGGUGAGAAGACCUUCAACGUCUCCUCCCACCACGAAGAAGACGCAAAACGCGCGCACGGUCUGCCAAAUUACGACACUGCACAAGUACUCCUCCCCCACGUCGACCACGCACACUACGUGCACCCGAUCCAGAUCCAAGGCUGGUACGGCCUCGAAGGCGAGAGCGAGAACACCUUCGUCUCCGGCCUUCGCGCGCUUCAAACCCUGCAGGACGAAGCGCCCGAUCUGUACGAGCCUUUCGUCACCUCUCAGAUGGCCGUUGGCCGUAAGGUGGAUUAUUACUCCCCGCCGCUGCGCCAAGGGGCCGUUGACAGUCCCGUCACGUUCCAUCCUGGCUCAUCAACAGCGGUCAAACGCUUUCGCUGGCAUGCGCACCUCACGGGCUCCUUGGUCACGCCGUUCGACACCUUUCAAUUAGCGCGAAUUGCGCACCAGAAGUUCCAGGAGAUUUUGACACGGGAUAGCCAUUUGCUGAGGGUUCGGCUGAGGCCGGGCGAUCUCUAUGUGUGGAAUAAUUUCACUAUUCUGCAUGGGAGGGAGAGAGUGUUGGUGACGCCGAGGACGGGGGUGGGGCAGACUGUUCCUGAACAGGUGGUUGCGGAUCGCUAUCGGGAGUUGAAGACGAAGAGCUUGAAAGGGGUUCUUGGGGAGGAUUGGGUGGUGCAUAUGCCAAGCGAGGUGUUGUUCCAGGCGGGAGAAUUGGUGCGAGGGCAGACAUAA